AUGUGCAUUGCCGAGGACCCCGGUUAUGAAUCGGUGUGUCACAAUGGACGAUCCCCGCCGUAUUUGAUGAGGGCGGCGCAGACGCUGAGCAGCGCGGAAGGCGACGAUGACACCGCCGGUUCACACUUGGCUCUCCGCAACAUGAAGCGCUGUUCGCAGCCGCAGCCGCAAUCCGAUGCCCAGUACAGUGAUGGCUUCGACAUCCUCGUGGGACUGAAACUCAUCAUUCUUGUCACUGGCGAAAGCGGCGCAGGCAAGGACUACUGCGCCGACAUCUGGGUCUCAGUGUUCACAUCAGGCACCGAUGAAGGCUUCAGGACACGCGCAGUCAGCAUUAGUAAAGCUGUUAAACACAAAUAUGCAGCGGCUACUGGUGCCGAUGUGAAGCGUUUGCUUUCGGAUCGUGCCUAUAAGGAGCAACACCGGUCCGCGCUGACCACAUCCUUCUACAACCAGAGACGAGGCGCUAGUUACGCCUUGUCGCACCUUGUGCCUGGCAGCAGACUGCUUGAGGUUCGCAUUGAAGCCAACAGAGAGACGCGCCGAUUGCGUCGAGGGUCUCAUGGCGAGGGUGAGGACACUGAGAAAAAUAGCGAGGAAAGCAGGAACUCGACGGGGCUGGACUACCGUCCCAAUUUUACCUUCGCCAACUACACUCCGGGACACGAGGCGGCGACAACGUUUGCCGAGCAGUACCUGCUGCCAUUCCUCCACGAGGACUUGCAGCGACUAGCCGCCAUGCACCCGGGCGGACUGGCCCUGUGCACGUCACUGCUGCAGACGCACUUCGUCAGUGACUGGGCCAAAGUCGACGCGGUGGCCUGCUGCGAGGCUGGCGGCUUCAUCUACGCGGCAGCGCUCGCGGCACGAGUCGACAUACCCCUAGCGCUGAUUCGCAAACGCGGCAAGCUGCCUCCGCCCAUGAUCUCCGUUACCAGGUCCCUGUCGCACAUCUUGUCGCCGUCUACGGCGUGCGGCGCCCACGAUUCAUGUGAAGAGAGCAUUGAGAUGGCCCGGGACGUGGUCCCUAAGGGCGCGACAGUCGUCAUUGUAGACGAUGUGCUUGCGACGGGGGAGACGCUAUGCGCGGUUCUGCAGCUGCUGGGCAAGGCCGGCGUUAGAGCUGGCGAUGUCAGCGUCCUGGCUGUGGUUGAGUUCCCGGCUUAUCGCGGCUGGGAACUGCUGCACCGGCGGGGUGUUGGAUGGUUUCAAAAACGCAUGACUCGCUGA